CUAUAAACAAAAAAUUAAAGUAUGACUUUACGGAGUGCAUAAAUAGAAACAACUCGGAUUUCCGAAUGGAAUUUCCACUAAGUCCAACGUUACCUUAAUGUGAUCACAUUUGUAUAUAAAAAUUGGGAUUUUUUGUCAAUUGCUUGUUUUGUCUUUUGGAUAUAAAAGAGAUCCAUUUUUUUCUUCUUCUUGAUAUCUCCGAACCUUGUUGGAUCUUCUUUAUCAAUACAGCAUGCGCCUUUCAACAACACCUGAUUCAGUGGCUCUUCUUUACCCGUCUUCGACACAUGGUGCAGCUAAUCUAACUGGCACUCCUAGUCAUACUACAAUGAAUCAUUUUAAGAGAGCAGUAACCAGUAUCAUCUCCAAGUUACCUCAGCAAUCACAAGCUACCAAGAAGUACCGUAAGGUAUCACCCGUCAUCAAGAACAACAAUAGUACCUACAUAAAAAUAGUCUCAAAGAAGCAGCACCGAGCACCGGUGGCAUCCCCACCUUCUUCCCCGCCUUCUUCCCCGCCUCAGCCAUCCAAUGCUACUAGUUCUUCGGCUAUUAGUCGAGAGCAUAAAAUUUACCGUGAUUUGAGGAAUUAUUACACCAACAAUAAUAACAGUGCAGCCAACCAACGACAAUCAGCGGAAGUUGACCAUCAACAACAUAGAGUUGAACACCAUCAGACUGUUCAGCAAUAUCAAGAUCAACAGCAGACAAGAAAAACGAAUCAGUCCUCAUCAGUGAUAAAAAAAGCAGCCGUACUCAAUCGCUGGAAAGAAGGCUCUUCUUCUUUGUCUUGCAUUGCACCACCACAAUUCAUAACACAUACUUAUAUUAGAGACAUAAGAUCGAAUCCAAAUCAUCUCCGUCUACUAGCCAUGACUAAUAAUUAUUGCAGCCAGAACAAUACAACGCUAAACCCUGGAAAGAUGCAUGUCAUUCAACGAAGACAGGAUCAGUUCGUUUGGGGGAAUGGUUCAAGCUUACGUAACGGCCUAACGAUAGCAGCUUGAUAGACUGACUAUCUUUACUACAAUUAGCACCAGCUUACACUCUUUGAAACAACAACAACAACAACAACAAAUAUACCAGUAUUUCAUAUGUACAGAUAUUUGAUAUUUUUAUUAGUCGUGCCUUUGUGCACA